UAAAAAGCAGUUUUGAGUGAAGAGAGAGAGAGAGAGAGAGUUAGGGGCAUAAGCGUAGGAGGAAGGAAUACAGUGUGGAGACAAACCCAGCUCUCAACUGAAAUGGACGGAGCUCAACCUCCCCCAACGGACACCGUCAUGUCCGACGCGGCGCAUCCCGAACCGCAGCCCCAACCCCAACCCCACCCACCCAUGGGUAUGGACAGCAUCCCCGCCACCCUCAGCCACGGUGGCAGAUUCAUCCAGUACAACAUCUUCGGCAACAUCUUCGAGGUAACCGCCAAGUACAAGCCCCCUAUCAUGCCCAUCGGAAAGGGAGCUUACGGCAUCGUCUGCUCCGCUUUGAAUUCGGAAACGAACGAGCACGUCGCCAUCAAGAAGAUAGCAAAUGCUUUCGAUAACAAGAUCGACGCCAAGAGGACUCUCCGUGAGAUCAAGCUGCUUCGUCACAUGGACCACGAAAACGUUGUUGCAAUUAGGGAUAUUAUACCACCCCCUCAAAAGGAGGUCUUUAAUGAUGUCUACAUUGCUUAUGAGCUAAUGGACACUGACCUCCAUCAGAUUAUUCGUUCCAAUCAAACCUUGUCGGAGGAGCACUGUCAGUAUUUCCUAUAUCAGAUUCUCCGUGGAUUGAAGUACAUACAUUCUGCCAAUGUUCUGCACAGAGACUUGAAACCUAGCAAUCUUCUACUAAAUGCCAAUUGUGACUUGAAAAUCUGUGAUUUUGGGCUAGCUCGUGUCACCUCAGAAACUGAUUUUAUGACAGAAUAUGUAGUUACGAGAUGGUACCGCGCCCCAGAACUGUUGUUAAACUCGGCUGAUUACACUGCAGCAAUUGAUGUGUGGUCCGUAGGUUGUAUUUUUAUGGAAUUGAUGGACCGAAAGCCACUUUUCCCUGGCAGAGAUCAUGUGAAUCAGCUGAAUUUGCUUAUGGAGCUUAUUGGCACUCCAUCAGAGGCUGAGUUGGGUUUUCUGAAUGAAAAUGCUAAGAGAUACAUCAGGCAAAUGACUGUUCAACGUCGGCAGUCAUUUACCGAAAAGUUUCCUCAUGUCCAUCCCGCAGCAAUCGAUCUUGUCGAAAAGAUGCUAACAUUUGAUCCAAGACAAAGGAUUACUGUGGAAGAUGCUCUAGCUCAUCCCUACCUAACAUCUCUGCACGACAUUAGUGAUGAGCCAGUGUGCAUGACUCCCUUCAACUUUGACUUCGAGCAGCGUGCGCUGACCGAGGAACAGAUGAAGGCACUGAUCUACCAAGAGGCCAUGGCAUUUAACCCGGAGUAUCAGCAAUAAUGAAGAUGAAUGAUUUCGUGCCUAUUAUUAGUUUAUCAUUACUUUGAUUAGUGUGGUGGUGACUGGUCUCUCUUUAGUCUUUUCCAAGUGUUUGUUGAUGAUCGAUUUCUUCAUGUAAAUAUGUUCCAUCCAAAACUGGGUGGUUAUCAUCAUGCCAAAAAUCAACUUCUCAACAGCGGUACUAAUGGUAUUUGUUUUUGCUAGUAUCGGCUA